AUGGCGUUCAUCCUCAGAAAGCUCGUCCACAAUGAGGCGAUGAGAACGGACCCUCCCGAGAUUUACGGAUGGAGGGUCUGGGCUUUGGCCUGUUCGGCAUGCUUCGGUGGCAUGUUGUUCGGCAUGGAAACCGGCAUUAUUGGCGGUGUCCUCACUAUGAAGCCAUUCAUGGCGAAAUACGGCCUGGAUACCCGCGGCAAGGUCGCCCAAGCCAACCUCUCCGCCAACAUCGUCUCCACCCUGCAAGCAGGCUGCUUCUUCGGCGCGCUCAUUGCGUCCGCCGUCGCCGACAAAUGGGGCCGCCGAAUCGGUCUGAUCUCCGCAUCCCUCAUCUCCAUCGUAGGAGUCAUCAUGCAGGUCGCGGCCGAGGGACACCUGGAAGCCAUGUACAUUGGCCGCCUCAUCAACGGCUUCGGCGUCGGGUUCGCCUCGAUGGUCAACCCGCUCUACGUCUCGGAAAACGCCCCCCGCGCCAUCCGCGGCGGGCUGACGGGCCUCUACCAGCUCUUCAUCACGAUGGGCAUCAUGCUGGCCUUCUGGAUCAACUACGGCAGCCUGCUGCACAUUCAGGGCACGGCGCAGUACAUGGUGCCGCUCGCGAUGCAGGCGCUGCCGGCGGUGCUCCUCUUCAUCGGCAUGAUGCUGUGCAACGAGUCGCCGCGCUGGCUGGCCAAGCAGGACCGGUGGGAGGAGGCGCGGGCGACGCUCGCGCGCGUGCGCUCCCUCCCCGCCACGCACCCCUACGUUGACAACGAGUUCCAGGACAUCGUCACGCAGCUCGAGCACGAGCGCCAGCUCGUCGGCGGGUCCGGCCCCUGGGACCUCAUGAAGGAGAUGUGGACGAUCCCCGGCAACCGCAAGCGCGCGCUCAUCAGCAUCUUCCUCAUGGUCUGCCAGCAGAUGACCGGCACCAACGCCAUCAACUACUACGCCCCGCAGAUCUUCAAGAACCUCGGCGUCACCGGCAACGCCACCAACCUCUUCGCCACCGGCGUCUACGGCAUCGUCAAGAUGGUCGGCUGCGCCGUCUUCCUCGUCUUCGUCGCCGACUCGCUCGGCCGCCGCCGCUCCCUGCUCUGGACCUCCGUCGCCCAGGCCCUCUGCAUGCUGUACAUCGGCUUGUACGUCCGCAUCGCCCCGCCCAAGGAGGGCGCGCCUGUUAUCCCCGCCGGCUACGUCGCCCUCGUCUGCAUCUUCCUCUUCGCCGCCUGCUUCCAGUUCGGCUGGGGGCCCGUCUGCUGGAUCUACGUGUCUGAGAUUCCGACGGCGCGUCUGCGCGGGCUGAACGUCGCCUUUGCCGCCGCCACCCAGUGGCUGUUCAACUUUGUCGUCGCCCGCGCCGUGCCCAAUAUGCUGGCUACCGUCGGUGCCAACGGCUACGGGACGUACAUUAUAUUCUCUUGUUUCUGUUUCUCCAUGGGCGUCUUUGUCUGGUUCUUCAUCCCCGAUACCAAGGGCCUCUCGCUGGAGAAGAUGGACGAGCUCUUCGGCGUCACUCAGCUCAUCGACCAGAAGAAUGCGGAUCCCGAGAGGGGAGUCGUGGAGAGUGACGGUAAGCAGGAGGAAAUUCGAGUGGAAAGAGUCUAG